AUGACCGCUCGACCCAGACCUUCGAUCUCCAGCACUCGUCGUCCAUCCUCCGCAAUCUUCAUAGGGGCUGGCUUGCCUGAAAACGUGCCCGAUUUACCUGAACCGCCCAGCCCUGGUGCAUCUUCUACCGACUCUCGCUCUGGUCUACCGUCCCCGCCGGCCACCAAUUCUACAGGCAGUGGUAGCAACGGCGACGUGGGCAGUGUCCGCCAUCGUUCCGCGUCUUUCACCCAAGGAGAUAUGUCCAAUGGCAAAGCAUACAACGGCAGAACUAGCUCUGUGAUGGAAUCUGACGAAGAGGACGACGGCGAGGAUCAUACCGCUCGUUUCGGGGUCGAUCGUCGUCGGUCGUUAGGUGGGAUCAACGACAAUGCUGCCGCCCUGCAGCGUAUCAAAAACCUCAACCAGCGGAGUCGUGCCGUCAUGGACAAGCUCACAUCACGCUCACGAGUCAACAGCCCUGCUCCUUCUGCCACAUCCUCACGCGCAUCAUCCGUUGCUCGCCAUUCACUCCCGCCUCUGUCAUCGUCAUCUUCCUCAGCCUCGUCGUCCUCUCAUCAUUCAGUACAUGCCUCUCGCUCUCACGACACGGCUCUUUCUGGGUCCGAAACAGAACGCGAUGAACACAAUGGAUCCAACCAUUUCCACCCUCCUAGCGACGAUGAGUUUGAUGCCACGCCGCCUGCGAUCGAAUCUCCCUUAUCCGACGCUGUCCGCCAACGACGUAUAUCUGCGCCGUCGCCCGGUAAACAUGUCCUCAAGCUAUCCAGAUCUACGUCCGGUCGUACAAGCUCUCCGGGGCCGUCUCUCACUCCGCGAAAACGGGCGUCUGUUGCCUUACCGCUCGUGGACAAUGCCGACGAUUACCUUCAACGAGAAGCAGUUGCUUCCACUUCCAGCAGACGCUCCCGACAGCCGUUACCGCGAGAAUUCCUCGCCAGCUCGAAUUCAGAUGAACUGGUGAGCGUUGCCUUUGACCCCAUAUUUCGUUUUGACCCCCGAGUCCUUCAGGUACACGAAGAAGGCGUGCUAGUUGCGCGCGGAUCGCCGUCACCGCGAGUCGCUGCUGCAUCACUGAGUCCUACCUCGACGCCUCAUCACGCACGCCCGCCGCGCGCAACGAACCUUGCCGCUCGUUCCUCGACAGUGAGAGAGUUGGCGCGGAAGCAUCAAACAAGAUGGUUUUCGGAGGACCUCUCCUCAUCUGCGUCUGUUGACGCGGAUGCUGACGAAAUCGCCCACUCUGGUGGAGCAGCUCGCUCCGGUAGACGCCAGAUAUUGAGGGGCGGCAGCGCGGAAAGUCCGCUGGCGGCGUUCGCCGUGGGCGAACGGAGUUUGGUUGGCGAAGGUUUACGGGCUGCCGGCAUAGGCGCAAGAAGACGUGACACGGGCGACGACGUAUUUGUUGGCGAUAUUGGUGCUCUUGGGAGGAAAAAGCUAACUGCGGCCAACCUUGGCUCCAUCAGGAGGACAACCGAGUCCGUUAACGGCAAAGGAAAGGGUAGACUUGCGGAUCGCGAGUCUGAUUUGCCGCAUGCCCUCGUAAUGUCUACCACCCUCAACAGCCCGCGAACGCCGGCUAACCGCCUCAGCGUUCAUGCGGGACAGCAAAGCAGACCAUCCAGUUCUAUGACCGGCUAUGAUGAUGCCGGAAACCCUCCCAGGACAGCCCCUCCUGCACUUCGGACGUACAAAUCUGCGUAUGCACUCCCGGAACGGGCAAGGGAAAGACCGCUCGAUUCAUCGCUCGCCAGAUCGAGGACUGUCCUAGAGACUCGAGAACGAACAUCACCUCCCAGUAUAUCCUUACGACCGGAAAGCGCGGCUGGGACCGUUCUCGAAAGGCGACAGAUCGAAACGCCCCUUCGUUCUGGCACAUUAUCCCGAGCAUCUGCAAUGGCAAUAACGCAAUCCACCGAACAUACUCGAUUACUGUUCCAUGCCUUGAGCAUGUUCGAAGAUCGCCUUACGCACAUCCCUUCGGUCGGCAGUACAGGGACGACGACGAUACCCGAGGUGUUCAGAUCCGCCAAGGCCAUGGCCCAGGAGACAGAAAAGCUGAACAUUCUGCUCCGGGACAGCACAAAUAAGGCGAUGAAUGAGCACAUACAAGCCUCGGUGGACGACAACGUGGAGGGCGGCGCAGAACUGGCAGACAUAUGGCAGCAGAUUGGCGGGGAAUUCCGGGAGAGUCUUCGGGUCAGCGACGAGCUUGUUCGUAUGAUGACCGAGUUUCUCUUGGGCGUAGGGAAGGCUCUGCGGGACCUGACCGGCUCUGGCGAAGGGAGUCCUGCGCAGCACCUCCGGACGGUCAGUCUGGACGAUGAUGCUGUAAGGAGACUAACUCCCGAGAGAAGUAUCGGCGUCAACGGCACUCGGCAAGGCACGGACGACAGUCGCAGUACAGGUUCGCGCCGGAGCUGGGAGCCCGCUCCCAGAGCUAGCAGCCGCCUGGAAACGACUACCAUGAGACCGUCACCCUCUACAAGCUCAAGUCAACCACGGACACGCAAGAUCAGUUUUGAAGAUGUGUUGCGCUCCAGCACGCGAGCACCCACUACCACCAACCCCCCUCAGCCGGCAGCCCAACGACUAUUCUCCCCACUCGAGCACCGUGAUCGUGCCCUCAGAAACGCCUCGGCGGGCCCCCUAGUGGCAUCCGACUCCCUUGAGACAAUCCGAGCUGCUGAACCUUCACCGACGCCGAACUCACGACACCCACCAUCGCAUACCCGGCUAUCAUCACUUGCGAUACCCCCUUCCCGGCCAACCCCUCUACCCACCGUCCACUCUGAAAGUCGACUUGAACGGGCCGCGGAACGCACUCAUCGCUCGAAGCCCUCCACGACUUCCACCGCCACUAUCCGUGCCGGUGGUCUGAGGUUCCCCGUCUUGAAAACGUCUGGCGCAACCACUGCGGUAACUCCGCACAGCGUACAUCAAUCACCGGUCAUGACGUCUUCCCCCUUGAACCGCAGCCAGUCCUCGUCGAGUUCGAUGCGGGAUAGUCCCGUGGUCGCAUUCUCACGCCCCACCACGACUGCGCUAAGCGAGCUUCAGGAGAGGCAGCGAACGAUAUCCGGGACUUCGCUCGAUGACGACUCCCCCGUCGAUUCUGCGAACGCUCAGCACGCAGAUCGAAGUGCUCGCCAUCGGACUGUCGGCUAUCAGUCACAGAAGUCGCCUCCGGACAGCGCUGAAGGCGCUGAAUCCGCUGCACUGAGUCGUACGGUAUCCCAGCGAAGAGAGAGACGACGAACAGUGACGGAAAUCUUCUCUCGUUCGUGA